UCGACCUCUUGGUGAAGGAAACUCCAAACCCAGAAGAUCAGCAGACAUGGCCUUCAGCGGAACGUGGCAGGUUUACGCCCAGGAGAACUACGAGGAGUUCCUGAGGGCCAUCGCUCUACCUGAGGACAUCAUCAAACUGGCCAAGGAUGUUAAACCCGUCACAGAGAUCCAGCAGACCGGCAACGACUUCGUCAUCACCUCCAAAACCCCUGGCAAAUCGGUCACCAACUCCUUCACCAUCGGCAAGGAGGCCGAAAUCACCACCAUGGAUGGGAAGAAGAUCAAGUGCACAGUGAAGAUGGAAGAAGGGAAGCUGGUCUGUCAGACGGAAAAGUUCUCCCACACUCAGGAGCUCAAGGGAGGAGAAAUGAUUGAGACUCUGAGUGUAGGAGGCACCACCAUGAUCAGGAAGAGUAAAAAGAUGUAAUGAGUGAAUCUGCUGAAUUUGUGUUUGAAGAAUCCCAUCUUUUUAAAUAAAAUGUGUUUGCCAAAAUA